AUGGAUGCCCGAUGCCAAUGCGGAGCCGUGUCCUUCAAGACGCCGCUGCCGAAGCCUCUCCGUCUCUAUAUUUGCCACUGUGAAGAAUGUAAAAGGCAAACGGGUUCCGCGUUUGGAACGUCUGCAAUCUUCCCCAAGUUCAAGCUACCAAAGGCUGAUCUGAUGGGUGUCUACGCGAGGCCGACUGCGUCCGGCGCCACGCUGUACUGUUACUUUUGCCGCAACUGCGGAACCAGACUAAUCCACGCAACACCGGACAAGAACGUCGUCUCCGUGAAGGGCGGCUGCAUCGACGGCCUGGACUGGAAGACGGCCGUCCACAUCUGGACCAAGAAUGCCAUGGUGCCCAUCCCUGAGGGCGCGGAGAACCACCGCGAGGAAGCUGAGUACACAGAUUACGGCGACCAGCAAGAGGCGCUCGAUCAGCCGACGGACUUGCGCGGGAGCGGGGGCUCGCCGGUAGGGGCGGUAUCAGUUGACGGGCGGUGUGAGCUGAGCGGGACGUUGAAAGCCAUUGUUCACUGA